AUGUUUCACACCUUUCAGUCCUCUGUCGGCGUGCGCCUGCCUGGUGGAGAGAGUGAGAGCCCCGGAAAACCAUCACGACACCCAGGUUCCCGCCGCAUUUCCACCAGCAACGCCUGCGUCGAGUGCAGAAGACGCAAGAUCCGCUGCGAUGGUCUGCAGCCGUGUGGUCAGUGCCAGUGGUACCAGCACCCAGAAGCAUGCGGCUACUCAAAACCCGCCCAACGAGUCGUGCCCAGCAGAAAACUUCUCGACAAGCUUUCCAACAACAUUGAACAGUACAAGAGUGUUCUCACCAAACUCUAUGGAGUAAAGAGCCUCGAGUCAUUGACUGAUCUUCCGCGUGAAGAGCUCCUGGAAUUGGCUCUUUCCUCUGCACCGACAAACGCAACAACAUCUCCAUCAGCAGCAACCACAUCUGCAACAGACUCACAAGUCUUGUCCGAAGCCCGAACAGUGUCUGAAGCCCCUGAAAGUCUCGAGGCGCUUGAACAGGCGCCUCCCGAAGACCCCUACUGGGACGAGGCACGCAAGCACCAGCUCAGAGUCCAGGGUAUCUCCGAUGAUGUAAACGGCCUUUCCAUGUCAGUGGACCGGCUGUCAUCCUACGUUGGCAUCUCUUCAAUCACAGCGGCACUGAAAGUCAUUAUACGGUGCGCUCCACAGGCAAAGUCGCUCAUUUUACAUAGCCGGCAGGAGACGGCACUCCCGAGCCGUGCAGGUUCCCCAAAGCCUGAAUUGACAGACAACAGUCCGGAUGCCUUGCCGUCUCUUGAGCAGGGCCAGGGGCUGAUCGAAAUCUAUUUUGACCGUGUACAUCCUUUCUUUCCAAUGAUUGACGAGGGCAAGUUCUGGUCUACCUAUCUCUACGGUAACCGCAAAGACUCAGCAUGGCUGGCCCUGCUAAACAUGGUCUUCGCAAUGGGUUCGCUUGCAUCAUCCGGUGCAGACAACGAGGCACACUAUGUGUACUUUAGUCGAUCGCGACGGCACCUGUCACUGGAGUCGUUUGGGAGCGGCAAUCUGGAAGUACUGCAAGCAUUGGCCAUUAUGGGUGGAUACUACAUGCACUACCUCAACCGUCCCAAUGAGGCACACUCACUCAUGGGUGCCACACUUCGCAUGGCCACUGCGCUAGGCCUACACCGCGAGUACUCGGAGAGAAGUGAUGCGAGCGGACAGUUCAUUGUACCAGGCGAAAAAGACUCGAUUUCUCCUGAGAUGAGAAGACGCAUCUGGUGGAGCCUCUUCUGUCUCGACUCUUGGGCAUCAACUACAACAGGUCGGCCUUCACUGGGCAGGAUGGGUCCUUCUAUUACCGUCCUCAGACCUGGAACGGUCGAAAAUUCUGUGCACAGCGUACUGCCCGACAGCCCGCAGUUUAUCUCACAACUAAAGGCCCUUCCUCUGACCCAUGCCUCUGCGUUUUGCCAGAUAGCUACUAGAAUACAGGACCGUCUUGUCGAAUGCCCGAUCCUACCUUCUGCAGAGACAGCUAGCUACGACGCCCAUUUGGUUAAAUGGAAAGACGAAUUGCCGUCCAUCCUUUCGAAUACUAGCGAGCCAUGUCCCGAGUUCCUGCGUCGAGUACGACUAGUUAUGAAGUGGCGCUUGCAAAACAUUCGGAUCAUCCUUCAUCGGCCUUUUCUGCUCGCCGCCGCACUUCGACGCGCACCGUGGGCUGCUCUAAGCACAGAAGAGAAAGUUGCAGUCAGGAAGUGCCGACAGAUUGCCUGCCAGACGAUUGAAGAUAUGAGUCAAGAAUGCAUGCCUGAUCUGAUAUCUUGUUGGAAUGCAGUAUGGUUCUGCUUCCAGGCUUGCAUGGUUCCACUGGUGUCACUCUUCAGCGAUGCAAGCAUGCCCGAUGAGACGGAAAAGUGGAAAGCCAGCAUCGAGACAGCACUGGCGUUUUUCGGACAGGCCAAGGAUUGGAGCAUUGCUGCCAAGCGAAGCUGCGAUGUUGUCACACGACUAUAUGCCGCAUACAAAACCCAUGCUUCCACGGUAUCCCACCAGCCACAGACCGUCGUAUCACCAAUCAUGUAUCCGCAGCAGCAGAACCACCACCAGCAGAUGCAUACCCAAUUUACGGUCCCAGGAACACAAGCGCCUGCAAUGCUCAACACGGACGCCGCCGCCGCUUACGCACAACACGCCGCCACAUUCGCCCAUUACAACCCUGCCACCCCGACCUGGGCUGCACCCAGGAACGACCCUACCAUCCUAAACAACUUCUGGGAUGACAUGAUGUGGGACACCAACAUGCCCGACCUGCUCGACCCACCCUUUGGACUCAGCAACGAUUAUGACUAUGCACACGCCGUGCAAGAGUCUGGACCCGGCGCCCCAUGCUGGAUGAACGGAAAUUAG